AUGAAUGUUGUUGAAUUUGCGACCGAAGCAAUCAUUUUGUUCAAUGACGACCAAUAUAUCAACAAAGAAGUUGAGAAUAUUUUGAAAGCUGGAAUGUCCGGGCAUAAUUUUGUAUUCCGAGUCAAAUGGAGAGGAAUUUCAGAAACAUCUUGGCAUUGUGAAGAUCUAUUCACCACGAAGGAAAAUAAAUCAAUGUUGGACGAAUUCAAAUCAAAAAACUUCUAUCCAGCAAAUCUCAUCAUCAAACAUUUGAAAAGUUCUGACAACUUGUUUUAUGCGGAUUAUGUGCCCAUGAAUCGUGAGCCUGAAUCACUUUCAUAUUUUCAAAUUAAUGAUCAAAAUCGCCGCAUGGAUCAUUUAGAUAUGUUGCACGAUGAGCAAGUGUAAGUAAUUUUUAACGUGAGAUCAUAAUUUUGAAGCAUACAUAGUUUUUUUUACAGGCAACUUCGAAACGGGUCACCAAGAGAUCGAUGCACGGGACACAGCGAAUAUCGAUUUGCACAUUUUGGAGAAAUGGAGAGAAAUUUGAAUGGGAGAGUGGAUCAACAAUGGGAUAGAGCUGGAAGUUAGUUUUUUUUCGUGGGACUUUUCUAACCAUCUAGAUUUAUAUGUUUUACAUUUCAUGUAAUCCGAUGUGAAUUUUCCAGAAGCAUUGGUUUCAUGCAACAACAAUUACUUAUUUGUCAAAUUCUCUUCACGCGGAUAUUUAGUUGAAACUUUAGUCAACAAAAUCACAAAUAAUUUUCCAUCCAUGACAAAUGAUUUGUCAGCUGAUGUUUGGAGAGUGUUCCAGUAUAACCGUCAGAAAAUCUCAGAUUUUCAACUCAAAUGUCGAGCCCGUGAAUAUUUGCUGAACAAGAUCAAUCAUAUUCUCGAGGUUACUGAAACUGGGCUAUUCGGCAAAUUGAGCAUCGUAGGUUCAACUGUAAAUAAUUGUGGUACAAGAUACUCGGAUUUGGAUUUGAACUUGAGACUUCCCCCAUCGAUCAUAAAGCAAAGAGGGUAAGCUAUAAAUUUUGAAAAAAAAACAUCACUAACAAGAUUUUUUCAGGAAGAAACUUGAACUGUUCGAAACAUUCCAAAGAUAUUUCCAAAGAGAUCAUCGUAUUGAUACAGGAUCCAUUGAAGUCAUCCGUGCUCGAGUGAAUUUGAUGAAGUUCAAAAUUUUCCAAGAAAAUCACACUUUUGUUGUUGAUUUGACAAUCAAUAAUAGCGAAGGUGAAACCAAUUCGCAUUUCGUUCAUUAUAUGGCAAAGUAGGUUUUUUUUGGAAUCUGAAUUUAUUUUGAAAUCCCCAAUUCCAGAAUCGACAUUCGAUUCCCAGCGUUGGUCGUGGUUUUGAAAAAAUGGGCAAGAGCUCAUAACAUUCUCGAUGCUCGCGAUGGUUCCCUCAACUCAUAUAGUAUCGUUCUUAUGACAAUUCAUUUCUUUCAAUCUGGAGUUCGUCCAGCGAUUUUUCCAAAUAUUCAAUCAUUGUUCCCUCAAAAAUUCAGUAAACUACUUCAGCAUCAAGAAAUUCUUUAUACUGGUGAUAUCAUUGCUGAUUUACCGUAUAUGGAACCGAAUAAUUUGUCGAUGGGUGAGCUUGUGAUGCGCUGGUUUUUCUAUUAUGAUGGAUUUGAUUUUGCUACUUAUAGUAUUAAUGUCAGAAAUGGAGGUGUUACUAAAAGGUUGGUUAUUUUCGAUUAGCAAAAAAUGAACUACAUUCUUGAAUAUUUUAGAACCCGCUCCCAUUCCGAAAUGCACAUACAAGAUCCAUUUUUCCACAAAAACGCAGCUAGGUAAGAAAUUUCCAGAAUCUCCGUUGUCAACCAAUGAAUUUCAGCUGUGUUCAUCGGUUGGAAAAAAUAAAACGCGCGAUCUCAUUUGGCUCGGAUAUGUGUCAAAACAACAACUUCAAACUCGAUGACAUUUUCUGA